CCAAGAGUAGGUAGAUUUCAGAUCUGUUGCAAAGUAUUAAAUUAGACGACAAGUUCACGAUCUACCAAGCUAAAAUUGUUUUGCACCGUUAUAACGAGCUUUUUCGCAUGCGAAUCUGUUUACCAAAUGCACAUAACUUGAAACAAUAGUGGAACAAGGCCGACCAUGAGUAACCCACGUUAUCUGAAGCUAGUUGAGUUCUCUGCUCACGUCGGGGAUGUUAGAUGCGUGCGAAUUGGACGGAAGACAGCCGGCGUUCUGGUCACCGGAGGCGAUGACAAGAAAGUCAACGUCUGGGCUAUUGGAAAGACAACCGCAAGCUUUAGCCUAACCGGCCACCAGUCAUCAGUCGAGAGUGUGUCGUUUGACAAUGAUGAGAUGGUAGUGGCAGCUGGUGGCUCCAAUGGGAGCAUCAAGGUGUUCGAGCUGCAGUCCGGGAGAGUAACCAAGAGCUUUUCGGGGCACAAGGUCAACGUGACGUGCUUAGCAUGGCACCCAUACGAUGCGACCAUCAUCUCUGGCUCCAUGGAUACCAACGUCAAGCUUUGGGACCUGCGCGGCAAGGAGGCCAUCAUGACCUUUAAGGACCACAAGGCUGGGGUCACCCACGUGCGGUACAGCCCGGACGGAAACUGGGUUGCUUCAGCAUCUGCUGACGGUGCCGUUAAGAUCUGGGACGUGCGCGCCGGCCGGCUGUCAGCGGACCUGUGCCAGCCCACAAAGUAUGAGAUCACGGGCCUGGAGUUUUCGCCAACCGAGUACGUGCUGGCGACGUCUUCUCGCGAUAAGGUGGUGCGCUUCUGGGACCUGGAGCACUUCACGAACAUCGGGCAGACGGCCCCUGAAGCCACCCCUGUGCGGAACAUUGCUUUCAACACCGAUGGCAAAUACAUCUUCAGUGCAAUACAGGACGGCUGCAAGGUGUGGUCCAUGGAGCCGACGGUGCAGCACGACUACGUGGACGUGCCCUGGUUCCGGGUGUCCGACAUGACCGUCAACACGCAUCGCGGUGGGCAGCGUCUCAUCGGCUGCUCCUUCAACUCCUCCAUGGUGGGACUGUUCUACAUAACGCUGAGGAAUGUGCGGCCCUUCUGCGACGACCCGGAGUACACGGCGCGCGAGCCGGGCGCCAGCGUGGACGGCAACCCCUAUGCAGUUGUGGGCGCCUCCCGCAGCAACCUCGUUGCUAUGGCAGCGGCGGCUCAGCUGCCACCGGAGGGGGCCAUGCGGCGCGUCAGCCUCAACGACCGCGGCACAGGCGACUCCGCGUCGUACGGCAACGCUGGCGGCGGAUACAGCAACGGCGCUGGGAGGCCACACAGCGGCGGGACUGGUGGCGCCGGGAGACCAUCCAGCGGCGGGGCGGGAGGGCAGUCUUCUGCCGCGCGGCCAUCGACUGGCGGGACGGGGCCGCAGGCAGUUGGCGCAAGCCGGCCUUCGGAACGUGCUAAUAGCGCUGGCAGCCGGAUGCCGUCGUCGGGGAUGUCACAGGGUUCAGCCGCAAUGUUGCCGCCUGUGAACGUGUAUGCGCCGUCAGGUGCCGCCUCGGGCAGCAACCGGUAUGGGGGUCAGGACCUUGGGGGGGUAGGUGACAGUGCGGCAUCGGACUACAUCCCGUCUUCACGGUCUGGCGCCGCCCAUGCUGCGGGCGCGCGUCCAUCCAUGGUCUCGGUGGGCGUGGGCGUGGGCGACAGCCUGAUGCGCGGACAACUGCAGCCUGAUGACAGCCGCGGCGGCGAGUGCGGUCGGGCACAGUCACAGCAUCAGCGACAACGACCCUACAACGACAGGCCGUUGCGUGACACUGCAAUAGAAAUCCAUGCCCCACCCUACCCUCCUCGCCAGCCGCGAUCGGAAACUCCCCCGGACUCCCAUGGUGGCCCCUCCGGGUCAGGCAUGGACCAGCGGUACCCCUGGCAAGGUGGCCCUGGGCAAGUGGGGGCGGCAGCGGGGCCGUCUGGAGUGGACCGGCGAGGCGGUGGCCGCAGCUAUGAGUCAGGUGGCGGCGGCGGGGGCCACUACGCGAGCGUCGCGACGACGGACCUCGAGGCAGCCGCCGCGCUGUCGAGUCGGCACGCCAUGUUCCUUGGGGCUAUGAAAAAGCGUGCGCAUGCGCUGUCCCUCAUCCGCAACUUUGUCGCCAAGGCUGAUUGGAGGGGGGCCAUCAGCUGCGCGCGGCGUUGCGAUGACACUGCGACGUUUUCGGAUCUCUUGGAGGCGAUGCAUGAGCGCCGCGAUGCAUUCAGCCUUGACCUAGUCGGCGAGGUGGUAUCCGUUGUGGACACCGUGCUGUCGCUGCCGUCGGACCGCCAAAUACACGUGGGCCUCGACGUGGUCGCGCUGCACGUCCGCUUCUUCGGCCCCAUCAUUCGGGAGCUCUGCUCGCCCGGGUCCCGCGGAGUGGGCAUUGACUUGAGCUUCGAGGAGCGGCGCGAGCGCGCCAACAAGGCCAAGCUGUCGCUUCAGAACCUGGUGCCCAAGCUGAACACGCUGGCGCGGCAAAACGACGUACUCGGGGGGCGUGCCCUGGAGCUGGCCUCGCAGCUUGCGCAGUUGUAGUGCCGAUAGUUUUAGAACGCGGUGAACUCGUAGCAGGACUAACGCUUUAAGUAGGGGUGCAAACAAGCUAACUAACAUGGUGGGGGUUUGAAGCAUGCCCGCAGCGUUCAGAAAUAGUGAGCCGCAGCUUUUGUUCCUUGCCUCAUGGCGUUUGGCUGGAUGUGGACGCAGGCUGUACGGGUGUGUAGCGUGCACGGAUUGGGGCUGGAACUGCGUGCGCAUGGACUGGCGUGUCGAGUACGUGCAGUGUAAAUGGCACAAGACCGACAGCCGUGUGUAACCAACUGAGCCGCGUGUGUAUGGGUGAAUGUGCCGGUCUGCAGGGCAGUCCGAGGGCCGUGUGUGGAUUAACACUGGUCGAACUCAUUUCCUUGGUGGGAACUGCCGUGGGACAUGGAACAUGCCUUGCUAAUCCUGCGGCACUGCGUUUACCAUAAGCACAGUUGUCGUCCCUUACAUUUUGCGGUGCCCCCGUCUUGCGCUUACGUGCGGGAAAGCCUGUCAAUGGUUCUUUCACCAAGGCCACGCCCUUCGGGGCCCUCUGCGUCUGUUCGUCGGCGCUUUGGUAUGCAAGUUUAACCUUGGCCAACCGACGUUUAACUUUGUACCUGGGAAGGGG